AGUCUCUCCUUGGCCUGGGAGCCCUGAGCUCCCUGUCCAGCGGCGUCCAGCAGCAGCUGAACGAAACCCUGAGGCACCGCCGGCACGCGGGAGACGACGACUACAACAUCGAGGUGCUGCUCGGCGUGGACGACUCGGUGGUGCGGUUCCAUGGCAAAGAGCACGUUCAGAACUACCUGCUCACCCUGAUGAACAUAGUGAAUGAAAUCUACCACGAUGAAUCCCUGGGUGUUCACAUAAACGUUGUGCUGGUCCGAAUGAUCAUGUUGGGGUACGCGAAGUCCAUCAGCUUGAUCGAACGGGGGAAUCCCUCGAGGAGCUUGGAGAACGUUUGCCGCUGGGCCUAUCAGCAGCAGAAGUCGGACCCCAAUCACUCUGAGCACCACGACCACGCCAUCUUCUUAACCAGGCAAGAUUUUGGGCCUGCUGGUAUGCAAGGAUACGCUCCUGUUACUGGCAUGUGCCACCCGGUCCGAAGCUGUACUCUCAACCAUGAGGAUGGGUUUUCAUCAGCUUUUGUUGUUGCUCAUGAAACUGGCCAUGUGCUGGGAAUGGAGCACGACGGGCAAGGGAACAGAUGUGGGGACGAGACAGCCAUGGGGAGUGUGAUGGCUCCCUUGGUGCAGGCUGCCUUUCAUCGCUACCACUGGUCCAGAUGCAGCGGCCAAGAACUCAAGAGAUACAUACACUCUUACGACUGUCUUCUUGACGACCCUUUUGAACACGAUUGGCCCAAGCUUCCUGAGCUGCCAGGCAUCAAUUACUCCAUGGACGAGCAGUGCCGCUUUGAUUUUGGCGUUGGCUAUAAAAUGUGCACAGCGUUCCGGACCUUCGACCCAUGCAAGCAGCUGUGGUGCAGCCAUCCAGACAACCCCUAUUUCUGCAAGACCAAGAAAGGACCCCCACUGGAUGGGACAGAGUGUGCCCCUGGAAAAUGGUGCUACAAAGGGCACUGCAUGUGGAAGAACGCGAACCAGCUGAAGCAGGACGGCAACUGGGGACCCUGGACAAAGUUUGGCUCCUGCUCACGGACCUGUGGAACUGGAGUUCGCUUUCGGACGCGCCAGUGCAACAACCCCAUGCCCAUUAAUGGAGGUGAAGAUUGCGCUGGUGUCAAUUUUGAGUUUCAACUUUGCAACACAGAGGAGUGUCCGAAGCACUUUGAGGACUUCAGAGCACAGCAAUGCCAGCAGCGCAAUUCCCACUUUGAGUACCAGAGCAGCAAACACCACUGGCUGCCAUACGAGCACCCAGACUCUAAUAAGAGAUGUCACCUGUACUGCCAGUCCAAAGAAACCGGGGAUGUUGCUUAUAUGAAGCAGCUGGCGCACGAUGGCACUCGCUGUUCCUAUAAAGAUCCCUACAGCAUCUGUGUUCGAGGAGAAUGCGUGAAAGUGGGCUGUGACAAGGAGAUCGGUUCCAAUAAGGUUGAAGAUAAGUGUGGUGUCUGUGGUGGAGAUAACUCGCAUUGCCGAACGGUGAAGGGGACCUUUACCCGCACUCCCAAAAAGCUCGGGAAGACAAGAGGAGCAUUUACAUUGCCCAAAGGAGCUCGCAAUGUUUCGCUUUCUGAAACAAAGGACUCUAAAAAUACACUGGCAAUUAAGAACCAGGCUACAGGACACUACAUCCUGAACGGGAAAGGGGAGGAGGCCAGAUCCCGAUCGUUCAUCGACCUGGGCGUGGAGUGGGAGUACAGCAUAGAGGACGACAUAGAAACUCUGCACACGGACGGGCCCUUGCACGACGCAGUGGUGGUGCUGAUCAUUCCUCGGGAGAACGACACAAGAUCGAGCCUGACGUACAAAUACAUCAUUCACGAGGAUUCAGUGCCAACUAUCAACAGCAACAACGUCCUGCAGGAAGAAACAGACACCUUUGAGUGGGCGCUGAAGAGUUGGUCACAGUGCUCCAAGCCCUGCGGUGGAGGGUUCCAGUACACCAAAUACGGGUGCCGCAGGAAAAGUGAUAACAAAAUGGUUCAUCGCAGCUUCUGUGAAGCCAGCAAAAAGCCAAAGCCCAUCCGUAGAAUGUGCAAUCUCCAGGAAUGCACACAGCCCCUCUGGGCAGCAGAUGAGUGGGAAUACUGCACCAAGACCUGUGGGAAUUCGGGCUACCAGAUCCGUACGGUGCGCUGCAUCCAGCCCCUUCACGAUGGUGCCAACCGCUCGGUCCAUUUCAAGUACUGCAGCGGAGAUCGCCCCGAGAGCCGCCGGCCGUGCAACCGUGUACCGUGCCCUGCGCAGUGGAAAGCCGGGCCCUGGUCUGAGUGCUCUGUGACCUGCGGGGAGGGAACUGAGACCCGGCCCAUCACGUGCCGUGCUGGGGACCAGUGCGAUGGAGAAAAGCCAGAGUCGGUGAGGGUUUGUAAACUCGCUCCCUGCAAUGAUGAGCCCUGCAUGGGAGACAAAUCCAUCUUCUGUCAGAUGGAAGUGCUCGCACGUUACUGCUCCAUCCCUGGCUACAGGAAGCUGUGCUGCGAAUCCUGCAGCAAGCGCAGCAGCACCCUCCCACCGCCGUUCCUCACCGAAGCUGCUGAAACUGCAGAGGAGGCGAUGUUCGGUCAAAGCGAUCUGCCCAGGGCUUUGAUGAUGCCAACGCCUGCAGUGCCCCACUACGCACAGUUCCUGCCUGGGAGAAGCCCUCUGGGCAGGCUUCCUUUCGCAGAAGAGGACGCAGACACACGCAUCUCCUCCUUGAACACUAAGCCCAAAG